CCCCAUCUGCCUUCGAGGGUGCAGCUAACCUUAGAGAAGCUUUGUCGGGUCGGUCCCUUCUGCCCUCGUGGGAAUUACACAGGUUUGAGUGCUCCCUUGUCCCAAGCUGCCAUCAAGAAGGAGACUCGCAUGGAGUCAUCAGGCAAGAACAAGUCGUAUGAUGUGCGCAUUGAGAACUUCGAUGUGUCCUUCGGUGAGCGUGUCCUACUGGCAGGAGCAGACCUGAACCUGGCGUUUGGACGGCGCUACGGACUGGUGGGCAGGAACGGGCUGGGGAAGACCACGUUGCUGAAGAUGAUCGCCAGCCGGAGCCUGCGCAUCCCCUCACACAUCAGCAUCCUCCACGUGGAGCAGGAGGUGGCGGGGGAUGAGACACCGGCGCUGCAGAGCGUACUGGAGUGUGACACCGCUCGGGAGAGCCUGCUGCGGGAGGAGAGGGACCUGACGGCCAAGAUUAAUGCCGGCAGGGGAGAAGGGACAGAAGGUGCCAGGCUGUCAGAGAUCUAUGCGAAGCUGGAGGAGAUUGAGGCAGACAAGGCCCCAGCGAGGGCGUCCGUCAUUCUCGCUGGACUGGGCUUUAAUGCAAAGAUGCAACAACAGGCAACCAAAGAGUUUUCUGGAGGCUGGAGGAUGAGACUGGCCUUAGCCAGAGCCCUGUUUGCCAGGCCGGAUCUCCUUCUGCUGGACGAGCCAACGAACAUGCUGGACGUGAGGGCCAUUUUGUGGCUCGAGACCUACCUGCAGACCUGGCAGUCAACCAUCCUCGUAGUGUCCCACGACAGGAACUUCCUGAACGUGGUGGCCACGGAUAUCAUCCACCUGCACUCGCAGCGGCUGGACACGUACCGCGGGGACUUUGAGAACUUCAUGAAGAUCAAGGAGGAGCGGCUGAAGAACCAGCAGCGAGAGUACGAAGCCCAGCAGCAGUACCGCGAGCACAUCCAGGUUUUCAUUGACCGCUUCCGCUACAACGCCAACCGAGCAUCCCAAGUGCAGAGCAAGCUCAAGCUGUUGGAGAAGCUGCCAGAGCUGAAACCUGUGGACAAGGAGUCUGAGGUGAUCAUGAAGUUCCCCGAUGGCUUUGAGAAGUUCUCCCCCCCCAUCCUGCAGCUAGACGAAGUAGACUUCUAUUAUGACCCAAGUCACUACAUCUUUCGUUCCCUCUCUGUCUCUGCUGACCUGGAGUCCCGCAUCUGUGUGGUUGGGGAAAACGGAGCUGGCAAGUCGACCAUGCUAAAGAUCUUAAUGGGGGAGCUGGCACCAGUCAGAGGGAUCAGACAUGCUCACAGAAACCUGAAGAUCGGUUAUUUCAGCCAGCACCACGUGGAUCAACUGGACUUGAACAUCAGUGCUGUAGAGCUGCUGGCAAGAAAGUUCCCAGGGAAGACAGAGGAGGAGUACCGGCAUCAGCUGGGGAGCUACGGCGUCUCAGGGGAGCUGGCUGUGCGUCCCGUGGCCAGCCUGUCUGGAGGUCAGAAGAGUCGCGUGGCCUUUGCCCAGAUGACUAUGUCCUGCCCAAACUUCUACAUCCUAGAUGAGCCAACAAAUCACCUGGACAUGGAGACCAUCGAGGCACUGGCAAAGGCACUAAACAAGUUCCGGGGUGGUGUGAUUCUGGUGUCCCACGACGAGCGCUUCAUCCGCCUGGUGUGCCAGGAGCUGUGGGUGUGCGAGAAUGCCACCGUCACCCGCAUCGAGGGUGGCUUCGACCAGUACCGAGACAUCCUGAAGGAGCAGUUCCGGAAGGAGGGUUUCCUAUAAGGGAGGCAGGAGCCGGACUGCACCGGGGGCUGGAGUGCGAAGCUCGGCCGCCCCGGCAUCCAACUGUGCCUGGCAGAGCGCUGAGGACGAUGCUGCCCUCAUGGACCGUCAGCCAUGCCAUCAAACUGCCACCUGAACUGCUCUCCCCUCCCAGGGCCGGGCGGAAGGACAGCGAGGGAGCAGGAGCCCGGCACUGUGCGUGGCCGGGGGCAGGCGGGGGCUCUGCCGCCAGCCGGGGCUGUGCCUGGCGCUGGGCACCCUGGAAAGGCGGUGCCUGGGGCUGCUGCUCUGCCGGAGGAGGGGUCGUGUCCCCACCUCCCCGGUUUAACUCCGUGCUCUGGAGGGCAGGAGAGGAGCUGUUCUCCAUGUUUCUUCGCUUCCCCCCUCUGCCUUUCUCUUUUUUUAUUUUUUUUGGUGUUUAACUGGCCCAACACUAGUCAGGCUCCAUCACAUGCCACCGUCCCCACCCCCCCCC